CACGAUUCAUCGGAAAAUUGAUGAUGAACAGCAACCAAGAAAUUGGUGACGUCAGCGUCGCCUUCCUCCAACGUCCAUAAAGAAGCGCCAUAAGCACCACACUCACACACCAAUACUCUACUGUAACUACUCUACAUAUAUAAAUAAACAAGCGGCACAAUAAAGAGAGAAGAAAGAUAAGAAAAAAAACGUUACGGAAUCUCUUCUUCGGUUGCGUGAUUGAAAGCUUGAUAUCGCAUCUUGAAGAUUCGAUAUGGCUGAUAACAACAAUGAAGGAAGUGCCAAGAGCUAUGCUUCCCCACUCAGGAACCCUAAUGUUACUCUUAACGAGAGGAAUUUUGCUGCCUUCACCCACAGAUCAGCUGCUGCUCAUCCUUGGCAUGACUUGGAGAUUGGUCCGGAAGCUCCUGCUGUUUUCAACUGUGUUGUUGAAAUUAGCAAAGGCGGCAAGGUUAAGUACGAGCUAGACAAGAACAGUGGCCUUAUUAAGGUUGAUCGUGUUCUCUACUCAUCCAUUGUGUACCCCCACAACUACGGUUUCAUUCCUCGAACCAUUUGUGAAGACAGUGAUCCAAUAGAUGUCUUAGUACUGAUGCAGGAGCCUGUUCUAACUGGAUCGUUCCUCCGUGCACGUGCUAUUGGUUUAAUGCCCAUGAUUGAUCAGGGUGAAAAAGACGACAAGAUAAUUGCAGUAUGUGCUGAUGAUCCCGAGUUUCGUCACUACAGAGACAUCAAAGAGCUUCCUCCUCACCGUCUAGCUGAAAUCCGACGCUUCUUCGAGGAUUACAAGAAGAACGAGAACAAGAAAGUCGCUGUUGAAGGUUUCCUCCCAGCUCAAGCUGCCAUAGACGCAAUUAAGGACUCCAUGGAUCUUUACGCAGCUUACAUCAAAGCUGGCCUGCAGCGUUAAUGAACAAACCAGUCCAGUCCGGUUCCUCCCGGUUUGGUUUGCUUUGAUUUCACUAGCAUUGAAGCCUUCUUCUUAUACUACAUGCAUAUUAAACCAUUUUCGCAAUGUACAUCGAAAAACUUUGUCGACUCCAAAGCUUUCUGAUGAUGACGAUAAAAAAUUCCAGUUUUAAUCAUUAAAUUUGGAGAUAUAUUAGCUUCUUUUCCCAAAA